CUGAACAGCGAUAUGAAGAUGAACAUCGUCUACGUUUUUCUGACAGUUUCUAUACUCCUUGCUGGAACAGGCUGCAACUCUCAAGGCGGCAUCCCGGGUCUACAAGGUAUUGGAGGCUUGGCUAACCUUCCCCAAGCUGCUCUUGGCGGUUUAUCGGGUCUUGGAAAUAUAUUUGGACUCAGAGGCUUGCCUGGCCUUCGUGGCCUUGGAGGAACUGGAGGAUCAAGGCGGAGGUGCCACAGGAGAUUUGGUCAUCGGAGAGGCUGAAUGAAUGUGCUCUGCUAUGUUGCGCGAAUAUAGAGACCACCAUCUUUUCACAUGCCACGUGUUCAUUAUAGAUUACACUUGUGUGUUAGACGGUUCUUAGAUGGUUUAUAUAGUA